AUUCCACGGCGAUGUUCGAAGACUGAUGCUCUUGUCGUGGACUCUGUGCAAACGGGACAUUUUAUUCCUUGGGACGGGCUUAGCUUAUUUCACAAAGUUUAUAAUAUACAAAUAAUGUUGUGAUAAAGACAGUCAAUAGUGGUGUUGUGUUAUCGUUAAAAAUUACAGUGAAAUCAUUACAAAGAAAAUAUUGUGAAGUGCAAUUAAGUGAUUUAUUCGUUUUUUGUCAACCACUUCUGGAUGCCAAAGGAUUGUUUUUGAGAGCUUUGUAUUACAUAAGGUCUCGACAAGAAAACAACGGUGCGGUCCUCGCAUUAUGAAAGUGCGCUCCCAUACACGCGUAUGAUCAAGUAGACCGUCAUUUCGAAGCCCGUCCGAUCUAAUUCUGUCAUGGCUAUCCUCGCCGCCGCGCGCGCCUCCCACGACGUCGUGCGGUCCUUCUCCGACCCGCAAGCCGCCCCGACGUCACUGUUCAACCACCUGGUUGUCGACCGGAACACUGGCCGCGUGUACGUCGGCGCCGUCAACAGGAUCUACCAGCUGUCCCCGGAUCUGGAGGUCGCGCAGUCGAUCGUCACCGGGCCCGUCAACGACUCGGCGCUAUGCACCUUCGACUGCCCGCCGAACUUCGUGAAGAAGCCUACGGACAAUGUAAACAAGGCGCUUGUUAUAGAUUACGCCACCAGUCGGCUGAUAACGUGCGGCUCGGUGCUGCAAGGGUUGUGCUCUGUGCGGAAUUUGAAUAACAUUUCUCACGAUGUGCGCGAGGUCCGUGAACCAGUGGUCGCGAAUAACGCUAGUGCUUCGACGGUGGCUUUCAUCGCUCCCGGACCACCCAAUCCACCCAUGACACAGGUCAUGUACGUCGGCGUCACUUUUACGGGCAAUUCCCCCUACCGUUCUGAAGUGCCCACCGUGAGCAGUCGCUCUUUAGAGGAUGAUCGACUCUUCAUGAUAGCCAGAACGGCAGUCACAACAGGCACUAGAAUGUUCGUCAAUUCUUUAUCUAGAGAACGAUACCCUAUAAACUAUGUAUACGGCUUCAGCUCUGAAGGCUUUAGUUAUUUUUUGACGACUCAGCUGCGUGGAGUAGGCUCCGAUACCUAUUACAGUAAAUUGGUUCGUGUAUGCCAUGAUGACGAAAACUAUUACUCCUACACCGAGAUACCGAUGUCAUGUACAGGAGAGGGUGGAGGCAACUUCGGCUACAAUCUUGUCCAGGCGGCUUUUGUAGGAAAAGCAGGCUCUGUGCUUGCUUCUGAACUCGGAAUAACGGCACAACACGACGUUUUAUUCGCUGCUUUUAGCCAAAGCGAAUCUAUAAACACGAAUACGCCGUCCGAUCUGUCGGCGCUUUGUGUUUAUUCCCUCAAAGCUAUCAGGCGGAAAUUUAUGCAAAAUAUUAAGACCUGCUUCAGUGGAAAUGGCUCGCGUGGCCUGGACUUCAUUUCACCGUCUCAUGCUUGUAUUGGUACGAAAUUACAAUCAAUAAGCGAAGACUUCUGCGGUUUGGAUGUCAAUACGCCUUUGGGAGGCGAGCAGCCGGUAGAGGCAGUGCCUGUGGCAAUAUUUAAAAAGAGACUUACUGCGGUAGCGGCGACGGCGACUGGAGACUAUACUGUGGUCUUCGCAGGCACGGCAGAGGGACAUCUUAAGAAGAUAGUUGUCGAAAGUGCCACUUCAGCGUUCGAGUAUGGGGACAUCGUGGUCGACGAGCGCUCCCCAGUGAACAAAGACUUAUUCUUCGAUACUCAAUUGAUGCAUUUAUACGUUAUGACUGAGCGCAAAGUGUCCAAAGUGAAAGUUCAAGAGUGUAGCGUGUACAAAUCUUGUUUAACAUGUCUCGGCGCCAAAGACCCUUACUGUGGUUGGUGUUCCUUAGAGAAUAAGUGUAGCCUCCGAUCGGACUGUCAGGACGCAGCUAAAGAUCCCUUAUAUUGGAUCUCGUAUCGCAGUGGGCGGUGCACAACCAUUACUCAAGUAACACCGAAUCAAUUGCAACGAACGACCGCUAGGACUCUAGAUUUACAUAUAGAAAACUUGCCCACUCUGAACGGGCAGUUCUUAUGCGCAUUUACAGCUUUGGAUCGUACUCUUAUAACAAAUGCUACUAGGAAACCGUAUGGUGUAAAUUGUACAACUCCGCGUACUGACACGUUGCCGCCUAUUCCUGCUGGUCAGCAUCAUUUCACAGCUAAACUGUCCGUGCGGACAACCCAGGGGCCUGAUUUUGUAGCGACUAAUUUCACUUUCUUUGACUGUAACACGUAUAGCUCUUGUACUCAAUGCGUAAGUUCGUUUUUCCCAUGCGAUUGGUGCGUAGACGGUCACCGUUGCACCCACGACACGGCCGAAAACUGUCGAAACGACAUUCUCGUAACUGGUGUCAGUAGAAUCGGUCCCAGCUAUCGCUCCGGUCCCGGUUUUUGUCCAACGAUUAAUUCCACUUCCGACGGUACGAAUGAAAUUCUAGUCCCAUCCGGCGUUAAAAAGGCAAUAAAAGUAAAAGUUCAUAUAAUAGGCCAAUUUAUAGUCCAAACGAGGUUCGUAUGCCAGUUUAAUAUCGAGGGACGAGUAACCCACGUAAAUGCUCAGCUUCUCGCCGAUACAAUUUAUUGUGAACCCGUCGAAUUUACUUAUACAUCGCGCGCUCCGAACAUAACUGCCUCUUUUGCUGUAAUAUGGGGAGGAUCUAAGCCGUUAGAUAAUCCGGAUAACACACACAUACUAAUAUACCGUUGUAGCGAUAUGGCAGAUAACUGUGGGAUUUGUUUGGCUUUACCCGAAAAAUUCGGGUGCGGCUGGUGUCAAGGUUCGGAUCGAUGCGAAGUACAGGAACAGUGUGGUGCCCCCAGCGUAUGGUUGAAUCGAACUCAGACGUGUCCCAACCCAGAAAUCCAUUCUUUUAGACCGCAACUAGGCCCGUGGGACGGUGGCACAAACAUUACUAUCGAAGGAAUAAAUCUGGGUCGCAAUAUAUCCGAUAUCUAUAAUGGCGUCACCAUAGCCGGUAUUAAAUGUCAGCCAAUAGUCGCAUUGUACGUGAAAACGAGGCGUAUCGUUUGCACUGUCGACGGACCGGGCGAGGAGGUCCCGCGAGACGGACCCGUAGUUGUCAGAGUUGCGGACUAUCGUGGAGAAUCGAAACAUCACUAUGCCUUCGUCAAUCCGAAAAUAAAUUCUAUUCAACCCAAAUACGGUCCACAAUCAGGCGGAACUAAAUUGCGUAUCACAGGCGAAUAUUUAAACGCCGGAAACAAUAUUCAGGCUUUUAUCGAUGACUUGCCGUGCGCAAUUCUUUCCGUGUCUCACGAGGAGGCAGUUUGCCGUACGAGUCAUUCUUAUCAACUUAAAAUGGGUACGCUACGGAUGCGUUUCGACACGGGAAUGCGAACAUUGGAACGUGAAAAGUUUGAGUAUAUAGAAGACCCUGUUGUAGUGUCCGUCGAAUCGGGCCCGCCGUUAGCAUCUCAGCGUAAACAACCCAAAGGCAUCCCAUCCGGAGGGAUAAACAUCAAAGUAAUGGGCCGUAACUUCCAUUCCAUUCAGUUCCCGCAAAUAUAUGUUUAUCACGACAACCGGCCAUAUAUUGCUCCUUGCCAUAGAGUCGAGUUUCAAAUUCAGACUCAUCUGAUUUGCGAGUCCCCCGGGAUUGAGAGCGCGGGUCUUAAUCUAGAUCCGGACAGGCCUCUAGAAUUGGAAUACGGUUUCAAUAUGGACGACGUACAAAGCGUGCAAAAUUUGACGAGUAAGACGGGCGACGCGUUCUUACUCUAUCCGGAUCCAAUCUACGAGAAGUUCGAUGAGGAUGUUAAAUAUUAUAAAUCGGAAUAUUUGACUAUCAAUGGGCAGAAUUUGGAUAGGGCUUGUACGGAGAGCGAUGUUGAAGUACGUAUAGGCGAGAGCUGGUGUAACGUUACCUCGUUGUCGAGGCACCAGUUGACUUGUCGGCCGCCGUCGCGUGACGAGUUGCCAGACGGCGUGGAUUCACCGGAGGUCGUCGUGAGGGUUGGUCGUGCCCUCACGUACAAGAUCGGCAAACUAUCUUAUUCCUCUCAGGCCGGCCUCCAGGCGGCCAUCGGGAAGCCAGUAUUAUUCGGUGUUAGUGCCAGCGUAGUAAUACUAAUAUUAGUAUUUGUCAUGUUUCUAGUUAUGUAUAGGAGAAAAUCAACUGAAAAUAUUAGGGUAUUAAAGAACAUGCAGGAGCAAAUGGAUAUUUUAGAAUUAAGGGUAGCGGCCGAAUGCAAGGAAGCGUUCGCCGAACUUCAGACUGAAAUGACCGAUCUGGCGGGAGACGUUACUGGCGGUAUACCGUUCUUGGACUACCGCACCUACGCAAUGAAGAUAUUGUUCCCGAACAUCGACGAUCACGCCGUCCUGCAAUGGGAACGUCCAGAGCUUAUUAGAAAAGAGAAAGGUCUGAAAAUGUUCGGACAGUUAAUUAUGAAUAAAACAUUCCUAUUAUUAUUUAUUCGUACUUUAGAAAGCAAUAGAUAUUUUUCAAUGCGCGAUCGUGUUAAUGUAGCUUCUCUUAUUAUGGUAACUUUACAAAGUAAAAUGGAAUAUUGUACUGAUGUUUUAAAGACGCUACUAGCGGAGUUAAUAGAAAAGUGCAUGGAAGGAAAAAGUCAUCCAAAAUUAUUGUUAAGGCGUACAGAGAGCGUUGCCGAAAAAAUGCUGAGCGCUUGGUUCACUUUCCUUUUGUAUAAAUUCCUACGUGAAUGCGCCGGCGAACCUCUUUUCCUUUUGUUCAGGUCGAUGAAAGGUCAGGUAGAUAAGGGACCGGUGGACGCUAUUACCUCCGAAGCGCGCUAUUCUCUCAGCGAAGAGAAACUAAUUAGGCAGUCGAUAGAUUUCAAACCGAUGUCCGUGAGCGUAUCGAUAUCUCAACAAACGAUCUUCGUGAGCGGCUUAGAGGCGACCACGGAAAACGUCCAAGUUAAAGUUCUCGACUGUGAUACGAUUAGUCAAGUAAAGGAGAAAUGCUUAGACGCUAUUUACCGCGCUACACCGUACUCGCAAAGGCCGAGCCGUGACGAGUUAGACUUGGAGUGGCGCACGGGCGCUUGCGGUCGAUUAAUUUUGUAUGACGAGGACAGCACUACUAAAUGCGAAGGGGAAUGGCGCAAGCUGAACACCCUUAAUCACUACCGCGUACCCGACUGUGCUUGUCUCAGUCUAGUUGCCAAGCAGAGCUCCGUUUAUAAUUUAUCUAACAUGGAGAAAAACGACAAGUCGCACACUUAUGAGACUCUGAAUAGAGGUAAAUACGGCUCGGCUAGCCCACCCGCCAGUCCGCUUAAGUACGAACACGGCGGUGGCUUUAAAUACUGGCAUCUCGUUAGGCAUCACGACGGUGACACACACAAGGAGGGCGAGCGCGGGAAUAAAAUGGUCUCUGAAAUAUAUCUCACGCGUCUCCUCGCCACUAAGGGUACGCUACAGAAGUUUGUCGAUGACUUAUUCGAAACUAUUUUCAGCACAGCGCACCGCGGCUCGGCGCUGCCGCUUGCUAUCAAAUACAUGUUCGACUUCCUCGACGAUCAGGCGCUUCAACACGCGAUAUCGGAUCCGGAAGUAGUUCACACUUGGAAAAGCAAUUCGCUCCCGCUUCGUUUUUGGGUUAAUUUAAUUAAAAAUCCCAAUUUCGUUUUCGACGUUCACAAAUCCAACACGGUGGACUCUUGCUUAUCGGUGAUCGCGCAAACGUUUAUGGACUCUUGCUCUACGUCCGACCACAUCCUCGGGAAGGACUCGCCUUCCUCGAAGCUUCUUUACGCGAAAGAUAUUCCGGUGUACAAAGAGUGGGUGGAGCGGUAUUACGCGGAUAUAAAGUUGAUGCCGGCGAUAUCCGAUCAGGAUAUGAACGCGAUGCUAGCGGAGGAAUCGCGCCUCCACACGAAAGAGUUCAACACGAACUGCGCGCUGAAUGAGCUAUACGCGUAUGCGGUUAAGUACAACGAGCAGUUGAUGGUGACGCUCGAGGAGGACGAGUUCUCGCAGAAGCAGAGGCUCGCGUACCGCCUCGAGCAAGUUCACGGCCUCAUGGCGCACAACUAUGACGUGUGAGCGCCGUCGACGGCUAACUACCCACCGCCCUGUAUAUACUGCCCCCGCACAUAUCUACGCUGGCAACUAUUGUAUAUAUUAGAUAGUGUACAGUCUUAAAUAUUGUAAUUUUUGUAUAAUUUCAGCGGUCCGAUGUCGUUUUUUAAUUUUAUAUAAUGAACUUUGUAUUGUUUUACACGACGAACGCGACCGGCCGCGGUCGUGCCACAGUAUGCAGCAUCGUAAACUAAAAAAUAAAUAAUUGUGUAUGUCUGUCUAUGUGUGCUCGCGUCGUACGAGUUAAUGUUACGUCGAUCGGUGUAAAAUGUGUGUCGCAAACGAAAUCGCAUGUAAGCUCGCCGGCGAGCGUGCCGUCGCUCGCCAACGGGUGAUUUUUAAAUUUGUACUCGCAGUGUUAUUAACGAAAUAACCGACAGUGAACCGGUGAAACGAUUCCAUUAAUAAAUAUCGUCGAAUGU